AUGAGUGGGGCUCUGAAUGAGUCCACAUGGACGACGACUACAGACGCGAGCAGCGUGAACGCCACCUUUGCAGCGAAUGCUUCGGACAUGUGGCCGCUUGACUUUCUACAGCUCGGCUCAGGAGUUCAUCCCUGUGGCCUGAGGGCCAAUCAUCGCUGCCCCACGCCGCAGCGAGCCCGGCCGCGCACCGCACGUAUCGCUGUGUAUACUUACAAUCUGGGUGGAUAUGAAGAGCCGCGAGCGUUUCAGGUGCCAUGUGCCCCAACAGAGGUGGAUGCUUUCCUUUUCUUGGAUGAUGUCACCCUGCUGAAGGCUCCCAAGGCUGCGCUGGCGCAUUGGAAGCAUCAGGGCUGGCACAUCAAGCGAGUGGCCUUGCAGAAAGGUACCCGCUAUGUCUCUGCAGAGAGAUUAACUUCCAAGUUCUUGAAGUUCACUCCUCCUCGAUGGAUGCAGAGAUAUGACUGGCUGAUUGGAUAUGAUCACGACAUGACGAUCAAUCUGGACAAGUUGCCACAGUUUCUCCAAGAUCACCAAGACAAGCCAUUGUUAAUGCUCAAAUGGUAUUGGCGAGACUGCAAUGCAGAUGCCUUCAAAUGCAUGCUGUGGGAGAUGGAUGACAUGUUGACCAAAAGACCGGAGUACGUGAGCUCGUCGCGGCGCAACGUGCAGCAGUGGAAGGAGCUCAUGACUUCUAUGCACGAUGGCCAGAGGCCCUUCAGACCGCCUCACUACUAUGAGAGUUGCAUCAUCGCAAGAAAUCUCAAGCACAAGAGGGCCCAAGCUGUGAAGACGGCCUUCGAAAAGACCUACAAGAUGUCGCAUGACAUUCAGCGAGACCAAUUCCUGCUGCCCUACUACCUUUGGCACGAGUCGCUGAGCCAAGAGCUCGUGGCCAUGCACCUGUGGGAAAUGCAGGAGGGCUUGGACUUUUGCUCUGUCCCCACGAAGAGAAAACGCAACUGA